UUUUCCUAAACACGAAUUGAUCAUGUCAGAUAUUGGAAAGAAACCAGGAAUUCAGUUGUACAGCAAGGAGUACUACGCCGCUGGUGCAAUUGGUGGUCUCAUUGCUUGUGGUCCCACCCACUCUGCUGUGACCCCCUUGGACCUUGUUAAAUGCCGUCGUCAAGUGGAUUCUAGUUUGUACACCUCGAACGUGCAAGGUUGGAAGACGAUCCUCAGAACCAAAGGAGACUCUAUUUUCACCGGGGUUGGUGCUACGUUUGUGGGCUACUCGUUUCAAGGAGCCGGAAAGUACGGGUUCUACGAAUACUUUAAGAAGACCUACUCCGACGUGGUGGGAAAAGAGUAUGCCGAUAAGUAUAAGACCGGGGUGUAUUUGGCAGCAUCUGCUCUGGCAGAGUUCAUUGCCGAUAUUGCGUUGUGUCCAUUUGAAACCAUCAAGGUUAAGACCCAAACCACCAUUCCACCGUACGCUACUUCGGUUGUAGAUGGCUGGAAGAAAAUCACUGCUGCCGAAGGAAUUGCCGGGUUGUACAAAGGAUUGACGCCUUUGUGGUUCAGACAAAUCCCUUACACCAUGGUGAAGUUUGCCAGUUUUGAGAAGACGGUUGAACAGAUAUACUUAUAUUUGGGUAAACCGGUGUCUUCUUAUACUCCAGUCCAACAAACCGGAGUGUCGUUUUUGGGAGGUUACAUUGCCGGUAUUUUCUGUGCUAUUGUAUCACACCCUGCCGACGUGAUGGUGUCGAAGAUCAACUCGGAGAAGAAGCCAACCGAGUCGGUGGGACAAGCAGUUCUGAGAAUCUAUUCAAAGAUUGGGUUUGGUGGGCUCUGGAACGGGUUACCCGUGAGAAUUGCCAUGAUCGGAACAUUGACUGGGUUCCAGUGGUUGAUCUACGACUCGUUCAAAGUGUCUAUUGGUUUACCAACAACCGGAGGACACUAAAUAUUUAGAAUUGGUGUGUAUUAAUAAAGAUGUCACUCAAAUGUGAGUAAAGGCCAUAGACCCAAAUAGGCCCAAAUGUGCCGUUUCUAUUGGUUACUUCCACACGUUCUUAAAAAGGUCAUCGUCUAAGACGUCGGUACGGAUUUUGUUGCUAGGAGGUUGGGUGUUUGAGCUCAUAUCUGACCACUCGUUAUUCCAGCCGGCUGGCGCUUGGGUAGAAGGUGUCGAUUGUGCAGCCAGUGACAGAGAGUUGGUGGAGGUGCGAGAAGAAGCAGCCGAAGCAGGGCCUCCGAAAGACAAUCCUUGCAAGGAGGUGGCUAAGUCAACCUGCUUAGGCGGCGUGUGUUGGGGAGUUUGUUGACGUUGUUGAUAAUAUUGUGGUUGUUGCGGCUGUACAAAACUGGAGUUCAGCGAUGAGGGAGAUGAGUACAAUGACAAAAUGGAUUUUUUCAAGUCUGGGCGUCCGGACAUGCUGCCGCCAGUCGACUGAGGAGAGGCCACAAUAGGCGAGGAUGGUUUUGGAGGCACUGGCGGGUGUUUUGAAGUGGUGCUUUUGAUCACCGACGGAGCAGAAACCGACCCUGGAGUAGAAACCGAGGCCGAUGUGAACAGACCAAAGUCGUCAUCUAGCAAGUUGUGUGAUGGUUGGACCGACUUCGAAUGCGGAAGGGUGGAAGAAGUGGUGGUGGUCGGGGUGGUGCCUCCUCCUCCGAGCGUCAGGGGGUCGGGCACCGUUGCAGAUGCAGCCCACUUACGCAUAUCGUACUUUGUUCUUAUGAAGUUUUCAAUCUUCAGCUGGUCAGGAACGUAGCCCUCAGGCAACUUCGAUUCCCAGAACAAAUUACAGCGUUUGUUCCCCCAUCUAACCAUCAGCUCCACCUGUUCAUCGGUCCAAGCAUCUAGGUCCACACUCUUAACCUUGGAUAUAUGGACGCCCAUGCUUCUGUGGAUUCCUGAGCAUCGGAUACAUAUAAAACAUCCCAAGUUCCAAGAUGCCCACCUAGGGUGAGCCGACGUCUUACAGUCGACACACACGCGAUUAUCAUCCUCUUUCAAGAGCUGUUUGAGGAUCUGUUUGUGUCUCUCUGAGUGGGUCUUCUUCGACGAAGGCAAGGCGGUGGAUGAGCGAUGCAUUGGUGUGGAAGUGAAAUGACUCGGAAACAGUGAAUCAGUGUCCAAAAAGUUCUU